AUGGCGUGGCUCGCCGCUCACGUGCCAGAGCCAGACGAUAGCCUACGCCUCAAGAAGUGUAAAUACAUUGACACGAACAUAUCCGAAACAGUUGAUCUUAUAAUGGAUUCUGAUCGGUUACUACUACCAAUAUCAGCCACAAUGUUAGGUGUCAUUCGAGUUGGUGUAGUGCGAAUAUAUUUAAAGAAACUUGAACAUCUGUGCAAUGAUUAUAAGAAACUUCGUAAACAGUUGGAGGAGGCUCUUACUAUUCCACAACUUGACUUGCCAGAGGAUAAGAGAAAGGCACCCGUUGAGUUGAUUACUUUUCCUCAAACACUUAAUUUGGAAGAUGACACAGUCGACAUGGAGUUCGAUAACCAUUUUUGCAGUGAGGAAGAUGUUGAUUUUGCAGAUCAAAUUCCAACAGGUGUUGAUCCUUAUGUUGCUAUAACAUUUGACGAGGACAUCAUUCCAGAAUCUAACCAGAUGGAUGUCGACCAAGUCACAGUACCUGUGAGUGAGAAUCUUGGAGAAACUGAUGUUGAAAUGGAUUAUGAGGCAGGACGAAACAAUGAACUAGGAAAGUUCAAUGUUGCUCUAGAUACUGGAGCCUAUAGACCAAGUAACUUGAGUGAACCUCUCAAUCCCACUACUGAGAGAAGAAAUACCAGUUCUCCUGGAUGUAUUCCCGAGAUUGAGAAAAGGCGUGAUGCUGCACACGCUUUAAGCCCUGUGUCCCAUCCGUCAUAUAAUCCGCAACAACAUAAUGUCAGAGUUGAGCUUACUGAACCUUUAGAUGAAACUUUGAAGGUUAAGGAACCCGAUAUCCCUAGUAUUGAUGAAGAAGUGUUAGAUUCUAGAGGGCAUUCGACAUUUGAGCUUCGCUUAGGAUCUCCAUGUUCUGCUGGUUCUGAGGAAGAACGUGCAAAUUUUGUGCAUCCAUCACCUGAGCUGGUUCUCCAGCCAACUACUCCUCCUCCACCACCACAAACAAGACCAAGGAAGAGGAAGAGGAAGCACUAUGAUAAGGCCACAGUAUUAUUAUCUAACAAGAUCAUGAAAAAAAGGCUUGAAGAUCCUAGUAAUACUGUUCGAAAGAGAAAGAAGUUGCCUUCAUCUAGAGUAGGUUUAUGGAGACUGGAUAACCAAUCAAAGAAGGAUCAACUUUUUAAUGAGCCCUUGUUUACUGGCUUCUCAAAUGUUUUACGUAGUCUCUUUGAUAAGGACUAUGUAGCUUCAAAACCAUAUCUUGCUGUUACUGAUGAAACUUGUCCACAACCUGCAUCAUCACCUACUCGAGAAGCUGAAACAGAAAUUAACCCGGCCUCUCCAGUACCACAAUCACCAGUUCCUGAUUCUACGAAACUAGACAAUACAGUUCAGCGGUCUCCAGGUCAACAAACUGAAGAUGUCCAAGGUGUUGCAAGUCCUCAUUCCGUGCAUGAAAAGUCUGUAGCAGCAGAAUCACAAUCUCCUCAGUCAUUUAAUAAUGAUGACGACAUGGAAAUCGAACGUUUCAGAAAUGGUGGUUUCCCUAACUACAUGCCGUCACCACCUACAAGACCUUCACUUUAUAGAAGUGAUGACUUCACCACUCAGCCUGAUACUUGGGAGACAGGAUCUUAUAGAACAAAGCCUUCAACUUACAGAACAGAGCCAAAUGAUCUGCCUGGACAAAAGGACCCGGGGGUUUCUGCGAUUCCUGAAAUGACGGACGAGGAACUUUAUUUCCUGGAGUUAGGUGGCAAUACCCCAGUAAGAUCACCGAAUACACAAGAUUCUUAUGGUUUGUCAGGAAGAACAAGAGACGUGGCUAAGUAUAUUAAAGAACGUUCUUCAAGUAGUCCCACUUCAAGCCAUUCAUCUGGAGAUCUAAGUUUGAACAAGAUCUUGGAAGGAAAGACAAGGUCGAUAGCUGCUCGAAUGUUCUACGAGACACUGGUACUGAAGUCUAGAGGACUUAUAGAUUUGAAGCAAGACCAACCCUACAGCGAUAUAACUCUGAAGUUGACGCCUGAACUUUCUUCAAAUGGUCAACUGUGA